ACAGGUUUCGAGAGUCGAGAUUCUCGAGUCAAAUCGUUCAUAUCUAUAGUUGAACGAAGAGAUAAACAUGGCGGAUUUAUAGUUUCGGAAUUGGUUGUGUCCAAUAUUUAUCACCUAAUCUGCAUAUCUGGGAAGACAUUUCAAACAAACAUAUAUACAGUUUACGUAAUAAUAUUACAGCAAGUUUUGUAUAAUGCCUGUUCCUGUUGGAUCAUACCAUUCUGGCCCAAGCUGUUGGGAUCGCAUGAAGAUGGGGUUCACAAUAGGCUUCUGUGUUGGCAUGGCAUCUGGUGCUCUUUUUGGAGGAUUCUCAGCACUCAGGUAUGGACUCCGUGGAAGAGAAUUAGUGAACAGUGUGGGAAAGAUGAUGCUUCAAGGUGGAGGAACCUUCGGAACAUUUAUGGCAAUUGGAACAGGCAUCAGGUGUUGAGUGUGAUAAAAUAUUGUUACAAUAGUCAUAGUGAGUGACAAGAGUUCCAAGAUAUUUUGUGCAGCAAAUCACAUAACCUACAUAUUAAGUUGUGUGCAAGUGGUUUACAAACUGUAAAGACAGAGAAUGACCAGAACAGAAAAUCAUUGAUUAUUUGCAUAUUCCAUGUGUUAUGUAAUGGUUUUUGUUAGUAAAUAACCCUUCAUUAUG